GUACGCCGCACUCGCAGUGACGUGUACUCUUUUUUUUAGCAAAAUAUAAGCCGCAUCUCUACACAUAGUUUAGUUUAAAAGAGCCUAUCGACAAGACGCGUUGAUUAAGAAUUUGUUAAGAUAAACCCGGGAGAGAUAGACACGUAAGCGGUUUCGCAAACUCAACAAAGAUGAGGCAACUGGCGAGCAUUUUGUUGCUGGCAUUUGUCGUGGGCAGCGUUAGUGCCUUCUAUUCGCCCAGCGAUGGUGUCGUGGAGUUGACGCCCUCGAAUUUCGACCGGGAGGUGCUUAAAGACGACGCCAUCUGGGUCGUGGAGUUCUAUGCUCCAUGGUGCGGCCAUUGCCAGAGCCUGGUGCCCGAGUACAAGAAGCUGGCCAAGGCAUUGAAGGGAGUCGUGAAAGUGGGCUCCGUGAAUGCAGAUGCGGACAGCACGCUGAGUGGCCAGUUCGGUGUACGUGGCUUUCCCACCAUCAAGAUCUUUGGCGCCAACAAGAAGUCGCCCACGGACUACAAUGGUCAGCGAACCGCUAAGGCCAUCGCUGAAGCCGCUCUGGCGGAGGUCAAGAAGAAGGUGCAGGGUGUCCUGGGCGGCGGCGGUGGAUCGUCUUCUGGCGGUUCCGGCAGCUCUUCCGGCGAUGAUGUCAUCGAACUCACCGAGGACAACUUCGACAAACUGGUCCUGAACUCCGACGACAUAUGGCUGGUGGAAUUCUUCGCCCCCUGGUGUGGUCACUGCAAGAACCUGGCACCCGAAUGGGCCAAGGCCGCCAAGGAGUUGAAGGGCAAGGUCAAGUUGGGCGCCCUGGAUGCCACCGCGCAUCAGAGCAAGGCCGCCGAAUACAAUGUGCGUGGGUACCCUACCAUUAAGUUCUUCCCUGCGGGUUCCAAGCGAGCCAGUGACGCCCAGGAGUAUGAUGGCGGACGCACUGCCUCGGAUAUUGUCUCGUGGGCCAGUGACAAGCAUGUGGCCAAUGUGCCAGCACCCGAACUCAUCGAGAUUACCAAUGAAUCCACUUUUGAAACUGCCUGCGAAGGAAAGCCAUUGUGCGUCGUGUCCGUUCUGCCACACAUUCUCGACUGCGAUGCCAAGUGCCGCAACAAAUUCCUCGACACAUUGCGCACCCUGGGCGAGAAGUUCAAGCAGAAGCAAUGGGGCUGGGCCUGGGCAGAAGGUGGCCAGCAGUUGGCCCUGGAAGAGUCGCUCGAAGUGGGAGGAUUCGGCUAUCCGGCCAUGGCUGUGGUCAACUUCAAGAAGAUGAAAUUCUCCGUGCUCAAGGGCUCCUUCUCCAAGGACGGCAUCAACGAGUUCCUGCGCGACAUCUCCUACGGACGUGGCCACACGGCGCCUGUUCGCGGAGCCAAGAAGCCGGCGAUUGUGUCCGUGGAUCCUUGGGACGGCAAAGAUGGCCAACUGCCCACCGAGGAGGACAUUGAUCUGAGCGACAUCGAUCUGGAUAAGGACGAGCUGUAAGGCUGUGAGGAUCGGAGAUCAAGACUGUGCGGCCCAAGCUCAUAUUUCCACUUAUUAAACUAACAAACACUUGCAUUCUGAAUGAUAUUCAUUAGUCAGCCAGCGUAUCUAAAUAUAAAUAACUCUUAAUUAUCUAUUAGCGUUUUCUACCAUCCUCACAUAGAUCUAAACGAAUUGAAACCAACGAUCAUAUAAACUAUGUACCACAAAAUGAAUAAACUGUGCAACAAAUCGUGUAAA